GGCGCCCCUCAAGUCUUUUGGUUUAGUCCAAAAACCAAGGCAUCAUGGCGGGCAAGUUUGUGUGCUUGGCGGAUUUCGAGAAUUUUGCUCGCGAAUCGCUUGACACAAAUGCAUCGAAUUACUACAACAGCGGUGCAAACAAUGAACAAACGCUUCGAGACAACGUGGACGCAUUUAGAAGUUAUCGCCUGAGGCCUCGGUUCCUGAGAGAUGUGUCCAGGAGAGACACAACAACAACCGUGUUGGGGGAGCUGCUGGAUUUCCCCGUUGCCUUGGCUCCCACUGCCAUGCAGAGGAUGGCCCAUCCAGAUGGAGAAGUGGCAAGUGCCAAAGCCGCUGCCUCCAUGAACACUGGGAUGAUCCUGAGCUCCUGGGCCACCUCUACCAUCGAGGAAGUGGCUGAGGCCGCGCCACGUGGGCUGAGGUGGUUCCAGCUGUAUGUGUACAAGGACAGGCAGGUAACCAGGAACCUUGUGGAGAGAGCUGAGAAGGCUGGGUACAAAGCCAUCUUCCUCACUAUAGAUACACCCAUCCUGGGCAAACGUCUGGAGGAUACCAGAAACAAGUUCAAGCUUCCAGCACAUCUCAGGCUUGCAAACUUCUCUGAGGGCGACGUGCGAUCCUCCCGUGUGCAGAGCGACAGCGACUCCGGACUUGCGGCGUACGUAGCUUCCCUGAUCGACCCCAGUCUCAGCUGGGAGCAUGUCGACUGGCUGAGAAGUGUCACCAAACUGCCCAUCAUUCUCAAAGGGGUUCUAACAGCUGAAGUUGCCAGGGAAGCUGUUGAACAUGGUGUAGAUGGGAUCCUAGUCUCUAACCAUGGAGCAAGGCAACUGGAUGGAGUUCCUGCUACAAUAGAUGCCCUUAGAGAAGUGGCAUCAGCAGUGAAUGGACAGGUUGAAGUGUACUUGGAUGGUGGUGUCAGAACUGGAACUGAUGUGCUCAAGGCCCUUGCCCUAGGUGCGAGGUGUGUGUUUGUGGGCAGGCCUGUUCUCUGGGGUCUUGCAUACAAGGGACAAGAAGGUGUGCAGGAGAUGCUUCAAAUGCUGAAGGAAGAGUUCAGUCUCAGCAUGGCAUUGUCAGGCUGUAGCCGUGUGUCUGCCAUCACCCCAGCCUUGGUGGUUCAUGAGAGUUACUACCAGUCCAGCCUUGGCCAUGCUUCAACCAAGCAACAGUCGAAACUGUGAAGAGGGCAAUGUUUAGAGAGUAUGGCAUCAGGUGCCAACAUUUUAGUCUAUAAUGUAUUUGUAAGUGCAAUCAUGAGUUAACUUGUGGGAUGAGAGAAUGUUCAAGUAACAUUACGUUGGAUCCAGUGAUGCAACAGGACACUACUGGUAAACUGGGCUGCACUGUUCAGUAUGGCCAGACCAAACUGUACUCUUCUUGUACCUAACAAUUUAAAUGGAAUCAAUUCUAUCAUGGGACUUUACUCAGGUUAUAAUUGCAAACAGUAGCUACACAACAUGACAUGUGAUGUCACAAGGUAAAGGUGUGGGAAGAAGAGGGAUUGUCUCCACCUUCCCAUACCAUGCCCUCGAUCACAUAAAAAAUCUUUUUAGAAAGAAGGCCUAU